UACCCGUUUCCUAGGUCCGGCUGUUGCUGCCAAGAAUAACCGCAAUCACAACGAUCUGCGGGAGGAAAAGGAGUGCAGGACGUUGCACGCACGGCUCACCGCGUAGUAAAAAAAGGGGACGAUAGUCGUCUCGCGACAAUCAGGGAAACGUCGAAAGCGGCUCGCGCGGGUUAGGUGGCUGCAGUUGGUGGUGAAAAGCAUCCCCCACCUGGGGAAAUGACGUAAAGAAGUGUUUGUUUGCCAUCGACAGCAAUCGCAUUACUCAUCGCGGUAGACAAGAUAGUGGCCAACGGAUGAUGAAUCUGGUGGAUUGCAAUCCGUACGGUAACGGAUUGCUGUAUGCGGGUUUUAACCAGGACCAGGGGUGUUUUGCGUGCGCCACGGACAAUGGGUUCCGGGUGUACAACAGUGACCCGUUGAAGGAGAAGGAGCGACAAAUCUUCCACGAUGGUGGCGUGGCGUACGUGGAGAUGCUGUUCCGGUGCAACUACCUCGCCCUGGUCGGCGGUGGUUUGCGGCCCCUCUACCCACCAAACAAGGUGCUCGUGUGGGACGAUCUGAAGAAGGCGCCCGCGAUUUCGCUCGACUUUAAUGCCCCCGUGAAGGGUGUGCGGUUGCGGCGCGAUCGAAUCGUGGUCGUGCUCGAGGGCAUCAUCAAGGUGUACACAUUUACGCAAACGCCCACCCAGCUGCACGUGUUCGAGACGUCGAAAAAUCCGCAAGGCCUGUGUGUGCUGUGCCCAAACAGUUCCAAAUCGUUGCUCGCCUUUCCGGGGCGGCGUACCGGUCAUGUGCAGAUCGUGGAUCUGGCCAACACGGAAAAGGCACCGCAGGAAAUUAUCGCCCACGAGACGGCGAUCAGUUGCAUUGCGUUGAACCUGCAGGGCACUCGGAUGGCCACGGCCAGCGACCGCGGUACGCUGAUACGGAUAUUCGAUACGGGCAGCGGGGCGAAGGUGGCCGAACUGCGGCGGGGAUCGAAUCAGGCCAAGAUUUAUUGCAUCAACUUCAACCACCAGUCCACGUCCGUCGUGGUUUCGUCGGACCACGGAACGAUCCACGUGUUUAACUUGGAGGAACCGACCAAGGCACGCGACGGAUCGGGAACGUCGGGCAGCGGCGUUGGAGGGUCCAGUAUGUUGACGCGCUACUUCACCAGCCAGUGGUCGUUCUGCAAAUUUUCGAUCCCCCAGGGGCCGCCUUGCAUUUGCGCGUUCGGUUCGGAGAAUAACUCGGUUAUUGUGAUAUGUGCAGAUGGGCAUUACUACAAAUUUGUCUACAACAGCAAGGGCGAAUGCUCGCGGGAGGUGUGCUCACAGUUUCUCGAAAUGUCCGACGAUCAAACGUAGAGGGAGCGCCAGCAGCUCCAGAAGUGGCCAGAAGUGUCUAUCGUGUAACGCGAGAGCUGUAAGCGCUGCGUAUGAUUCGAAAUUAUUUUACACACAUAUAUUAUUUACUAGCGCAUGCAGAAAACACGCAGGGCGGCGCACUAUGCGAAGGGCGGAUUGGGACAAGCUGCCGCCGAUGGGUUCGGAAGCGCGAAGAACGUUGCCCGAAAUUCUGUACGACUUUGAAUCGUACGAGUAACAGUUUCGUUCCGGGGCGUUUAUCCUGCUCGAAUGGGCAACGAAAUGUGUCGCCGAACUAAUGUACCGAGGAAUAUAAUAAACUUGUUCGA